CCCCGCGCGGCCCCCCCCAAUAAAGAUGGCGGCGGCCGCGGGGCCGGGGCCGUAGGGCCGCGCUGGGCACGGACUCUUUUGCCUUCACAAUGUUUGGGGACUUAUUUGACGAGGAUUUUUCCUUCAUUUCCAACAAUCAUUGGGGAAAAGGGAAGACAUCAAAGCCCAGAGAGUGUGAACCUCCAGCUCCCAGGGAUUUCACCAACCUCAGUGGGAUCAAAAAUCAGGGUGGGACCUGCUACCUCAAUUCCCUGCUGCAGACUCUGCUUUUCACACCGGAAUUUAGAGAGGCCUUGUUUUCUCUGGGACCUGAGGAACUUGGGACUCUGGAUGACAGCAGGAAACCAGAUGCAAAGGUUCGAAUAAUUCCAUUGCAACUCCAGAGGUUGUUUGCUCAGCUCCUGCUCUUGGACCAACAGGCUGCAUCCACCACAGACCUCACCGAGAGCUUUGGCUGGAACAGCCAUGAGGAGAUGAGGCAACAUGAUGUGCAGGAGUUGAACAGGAUCCUGUUCAGUGCUCUGGAGACCUCCCUGGUGGGGACAUCAGGCCAUGACCUCAUCAACCGACUGUACCACGGGGUCGUUGUCAACCACAUCGUGUGCAAGGAGUGCAAGAAUGUCAGUGAGAGACAGGUAAAACGGGGGCAUUUUCCACCACAGUGUGAUGAAGGUACUUCCAAUAUUCUUUUUUUUUUUUAAGUCCAAAAGAAAAGAAAUCUCAUCUUUCGUGCGUCCUUG